AAAAUGCAGCAGAGACUAAACCAGUUUUCAAAAAGGAGAAGAGGAGCAAAACGUGUCCAUGUUGACCAUCUUCAAGAAGAUCUGGGUCCUGGCUCUCUCUGUGUGUUUUGCCUUCACCAUCACCAUCGGCACCUUCCCGGCAGUCACUGUGGAUGUGAAGUCUACCAUCGCUGAUGGAGGCACCUGGGAGCUGUACUUCAUCCCUGUGUGUUGUUUCCUGCUCUUCAACCUCAGCGACUGGGUUGGGAGAAGCCUUACUGCUGUGUGUAUGUGGCCUGGGAAGGACAGCAAACUGGUGCCCAUUCUUCUGGUGGCCCGUGUGAUCUUCGUUCCGCUCUUCAUGCUGUGCAAUGUUCAGCCCCGCUACAACCUGCCUAUCUUCUUUGAACACGACGCCUGGUUCAUCGUCUUCAUGAUAGUCUUUGCCUUUUCCAAUGGAUACCUGGCCAGCCUUUGCAUGUGCUUUGGGCCCAAGUAAGACCUCUUGCCUGGGCACAAACCCAAAUAGAUCAACUUUCAAGAAAAGUUGCUGCUCAUGAAGCGGAGACAGCUGGAGCCAUUAUGGCCUUCUUCUUGUCCCUGGGUUUGGCUCUGGGAGCGUCCCUCUCUUUCCUCUUCAGAGGCCUGGUCUAAAAUGGCGCCCUGUAGAGAACAUGACCCCAAAACCCCAAAGUGACCUAUAAAACUUGCAUUGUAACAAA